AACCUCAAUUCCACAUCCACCAUGAAUCAUUCUUCCCAACCCGAAACACCACCACCCUCUGAUUCCAUCACCUCUUCACAACCCGAACCGCCACCACCGGCUGAUUCUCUUCAUCUUCGACUCGGAGCCACCAACCACCAUCGUGUAACAAAAAACGACACCGUUUCGAUCAAUGGUUAAGGGUUUGCACAGCCAAGACCUCCCCGCCGAUGUAGCACAUGUCGUCGAUCAGCUAGAGCGCCACUGCUUGGCUCCCGAUGGAUCUCUCAUCUCCAAGCCUCUCUACAACGAUCUACAACUCGCUAGAGAGGAAAUGUGCAGGGAACGACUUCGAUAUCUCGAAGCCAUGAUUGGAUUUAAACCAUCUGCACUGUCACUUCAAUCUAAACCAAUUGUACACUUACUUUCAUUGAAAUUAUUCUGUUUGGAAGAAGUGUGUGAUGAAGUAUUGAAAUGAGGUCUUGGUACGGUGGGUCAAACUUUCGGUACGGCGGC